AUGGAGGGCGACGGCUGCGUGGGGGACGGGAGCCGCGGCUGCGAGGGCGGGCGUGGCGCCCGGGAGGGCCCGGCCGGGAACGGCCGCGACCGGAGCCGCCGCCACGCCGCCGAGGCGCCCGGGGACCCGCAGGCGGCCGCGUCCUUGCUGGCCCCCAUGGACCUGGGGGAGGAGCCGCUGGAGAAGGCGGCGAGCGGCCGCACGGCCAAGGACCCCAACACCUACAAAGUGCUGUCGCUGGUAUUGUCAGUAUGUGUGUUAACAACAAUCCUUGGUUGUAUAUUUGGGUUGAAACCAAGCUGUGCCAAAGAAGUUAAAAGUUGCAAAGGUCGCUGUUUUGAGAGAACAUUUGGGAACUGUCGCUGUGAUGUUGCCUGCGUUGAUUUUGGAAACUGCUGUCUGGAUUACCAGGAGACAUGCAUAGAACCAGCACGUAUAUGGACUUGCAACAAAUUCAGGUGUGGUGAGAAAAGGUUGCUGAACAGCCUCUGUGCCUGCUCUGAUGACUGCAAGGCUGCUGGUGACUGUUGCGUCAACUACACCUCUGUGUGUGAAGGGAAGAAAAGUUGGAUAGAAGAAUCAUGUGAGAACAUUACCAAACCACAGUGUCCAGAAGGGUUUGAAAUGCCUCCUACCCUCUUAAUUUCUUUGGAUGGAUUCAGGGCAGAAUAUUUACACACUUGGGGUGGACUUCUUCCUGUUAUUAGCAAACUAAAAAACUGUGGGACAUAUACCAAAAACAUGAGACCCGUAUAUCCAACAAAAACUUUUCCUAAUCACUACAGCAUUGUCACAGGGCUUUAUCCAGAAUCCCAUGGCAUAAUUGACAAUAACAUGUAUGAUCCCCAAAUGAAUGCUUAUUUUUCAUUUAAAAGCAAAGAGAAAUUUAAUCCUGAGUGGUACAAAGGAGAACCAAUUUGGCUCACAGCUAGAUAUCAAGGCCUCAAGUCUGGCACAUUUUUUUGGCCAGGAUCAGAUGUGGAAAUUAAGGGGAUUUUCCCAGACAUCUAUAAAAUAUAUAAUGGUUCGGUACCAUUUGAAGAAAGAAUUUUAGCUGUUCUUCAGUGGCUACAGCUUCCUAAAGAAGAAAGACCACACUUUUACACUCUGUAUUUAGAAGAACCAGAUUCUUCAGGUCAUUCAUAUGGACCAGUCAGCAGUGAAGUCAUCAAAGCCUUGCUGAGGGUUGACAACAUGGUUGGCAUGCUGAUGGAAGGUCUGAAAGAGCUGAAUUUGCAUAGAUGUCUGAACCUCAUCCUUAUUUCAGAUCAUGGCAUGGAACAAGGCAGUUGUAAGAAAUAUGUGUAUCUGAAUAAAUAUUUGGGGGAUGUUAAAAAUAUUAAAGUUGUCUAUGGACCUGCAGCUCGAUUGAGACCCUCUGAUGUCCCAGAUAAAUACUAUUCAUUUAAUUACGAAGGCAUUGCCAGAAAUCUUUCUUGUCGGGAACCAAACCAGCACUUCAAACCUUACCUGAAACAUUUCUUACCUAAGCGUUUGCACUUUGCCAAAAGUGACAGGAUCGAGCCCUUGACAUUCUAUUUGGACCCUCAGUGGCAACUUGCACUGAAUCCCUCAGAAAGGAAAUAUUGUGGAAGUGGAUUUCAUGGCUCUGACAAUGUAUUUUCAAAUAUGCAAGCCCUCUUUAUUGGCUAUGGACCUGGAUUCAGACACGGCCUUGAGGUUGACUCCUUUGAAAAUAUUGAAGUGUACAACUUAAUGUGUGAUUUACUGAAUUUGACACCGGCUCCCAAUAAUGGAACUCAUGGAAGUCUUAACCACCUUCUGAAGAAACCUGUUUAUACCCCAAAGUAUCCCAAAGAAGUGCAACCCCUGGUAAAGUGCCCCUUCACAAGAACCCCCGGAGGUAACCUUGGCUGCUCCUGCAACCCCUCAAUUUUGCCAAUUGUGGAUUUUCAGACACAUUUUAAUCUGACCAUGGCAGAAGAGAAGAUUAUUAAGCAUGAAACUUUACCCUAUGGAAGACCCAGAGUCCUCCAGAAGAAAAACACCGUCUGUCUUCUUUACCAGCAUCGGUUUGUGAGUGGAUACAGCCAUGACAUCCAAAUGCCCCUUUGGACAUCCUACACUGUCUACAGAAAUGACAAUUUCUCUACAGAAGAAUUUUCCAACUGUCUUUACCAGGAUUUUCGAAUUUCUCUUAAUCCUGUCCAUAAAUGUUCAUAUUAUAAAAAUAACACUAAACUGAGUUAUGGGUUCCUCUUCCCACCACAACUAAAUAAAGAUUCAAGUGAAAUAUAUUCUGAAGUUUUCCUUACUACUAAUAUAGUGCCAAUGUACCAGAGUUUUCAAGUUAUAUGGCACUACUUUCAUGAGGCCCUACUGCAAAAGUAUGCUGAAGAAAGAAAUGGUCUCAAUGUCAUCAGUGGUCCUGUGUUUGACUCUGAUUAUGAUGGACAUUACGAUUCCUCAGAGACUCUAAAAAAAAACAGCAAAGUCAUCCGUAAUCAAGAAAUUCUGAUUCCAACUCACUUCUUCAUUGUGCUAACAAGUUGUAAAAAUAAAUUCCAGACUCCUUUGCAGUGUGAAAACUUGGAUACCUUAGCUUUUAUAUUGCCUCACAGGACUGAUAACAGUGAGAGCUGUGUGCACGGGAAGCACGAAUCCUCAUGGGUUGAAGAGCUGUUAAUGUUACACAGAGCACGGAUCACAGAUGUUGAACACAUCACUGGACUCAGCUUCUAUCAAGAAAGGAAAGAGCCAAUUUCAGACAUUUUAAAGUUGAAAACACAUUUGCCAACUUUUAGCCAAGAAGACUGAUAUUUUUUAUUACAAAAACACACCAUAAAUCUUUUUAAGAGAACCUUAGAUUUUAUACAGUCCUCUGUCCGCACUAUUGCAUUGUUUGGAAACUGUCAACCAGAGUUAAAACUGGGAAUCCUCUGUGAUACGAACAUCUCAGGGAAACUUGUGGACUCAGCACAGCAGUAGGAGAGGGUAUUCCUACUGAGUCCCACACAUAUCUGAAUGUGUAAGAAUUAUAUGCUUUGUUCAAGUUCUGGAGAAUAAAGACAGACCAUACCUAAAACUGCUCUUCUUCUCUUAAGGGAGAAGUAGCUGUGAAUAUUGUCUGAAUGCCAAAUUUUUGAAUCUCAUUAUUGGUAAUAAAUCUUCACGGCAUUGGCAAACUAGACUAAUAGGAUUGGGAUAUCCAUGUUACUUUAGUAUCUUUACAGGAAUUUAAAAAUAGUUCUGGAUUCACUUUAACAUGGAAUUUUGUUUCUUUUAGUUUUAAUCGAAGAAAAAUGAACAGAAGUCAAAAUAUUUAUGAGACCCUAUUUCUCCCUUUUCUGUAUUCCCUUUCAAAAGCCAGAUUAUUAAUCCUAAGGUUUUUUUUUUUAAUCGUGAUUAGAUUUCUUCAGAUUUAAUGGCUCUAACAAGUUAAACUUUGAGGGACAAUCUGUGAGUUAAUUGCAUGUACUUACUAUAAACUUUUACUCUACAUUUGUACAAAAAAAGAACAAUAUUCUCAUCCUGCUCACUGGUAAAUACAGGUUGAAAAUAGCUCUAAACAUGGUCCUCGUAGACAUUAACAUUGUGUCUUUGUGGAACUUCAGAGAAGUUGUCAGCACAUGCAGGGUGGCAUUUUUCAUUGAGAUGGUUGGAAUGUUUUCCUCUGUGCACAAGAAUGACCCCACCAGCAGCAGAGCUGUUCUGUACCGAGCAGUCCAUUGUGAAGUUUCAUAGAUUUGAAGAGCAUGUGUCACCGAUCACUUAACAUCUUGGCGCAUGUGAUAAAUGACACAAUGAACUUGAUUUCCCUGCUUUGUUGACUAUCCCCUUUAGUCCCAACUUGUGAACCUUCAAAGGCCACAUUAACUUUUAGGCUGCCUGGGUCCAAUUUAGGUAUGAUAUUAGUACACCAAAGAUUUUUAUAUGUCCUUCAGUAUGAUAAUCAUUCUUCAGCAGCAUAGGGGCUCACCACAAAGACAUCUAGAUAAUACAAUUUGCAGCUGAAAAUUAUUUAAUAACUUAAAAUAUUCAUUGGUUUUUUAG